CCCCACUUUACUUUUUUUUUUUAAAUUAUUAAACCCCGGCCGUCAGCUACUUUAACUGCCUAACCUCUUCUUCUUCUUAUCACUUUUCUUUUUCCUCUUUUCUUGCGUUAAAUCUACUUAUACGAACGCGUCUCCACCACCGAAUACCCACGCAUCCCCUAAUCGCGCGCGUUCUUCGGCCCUUCACCACUCCACGCGCGCUUGGGUUCUUCCCACGGCGGAAAACCGCAGCAAUCUUAGCAAUCGUCUCGCGUUGUCAUCUACCUACUCCCGCCACCUGCUCCAACCGGCGCGGCGCCACCAUGGAAGUCACCCAUCCAUCGCCGUCCGCGCCCGGCCCUGGUCCGCCGCCGCCGCCGCCUCCAACCGCCGCCACUCAACCCUCUGGGUUGCAGACCCCCCCGGUCAGUCUUGCUCCGGCUACAGACCCGCCGUUGUUGCUGUCGGACCUCCCGGCCAACAUCGGACCCUACUACCCCAACGGCCCACCUCGCACCAUCAAUGGUCUCGGCAACGCUGGCUCCUACGCCUCCAAUCCCAACUCCGUCUCCGAUCGAAACGAGACGCCGCCUGCGCCCCCCGCCACCCAACCGCUGCCCUAUCAGAGCUUGUCGCGUCAGCCCUCCCUCGGGUCCCUCCACAAGAUUCCCAUCCGGGACCCUCCGUCGUGGCAGACGCCUCUGAAGACCAACUACCAUCCCCCCCAGGGCUUUCCCUCACCCAAGGGGCAGCAUCAACCGCUGGGCGAUACCAAGUCCCUCGAUGACCUCUCGCGUCUCGUCUACGCCAUCCAGCAGUCCGUCCCGGCCGCGGUGCGGAGAGCCGUCCGCGAGAACUGGGAGAAGACUCUCCUCGGUUCCGAAUUCCACCACGCAUUCCUCUUGAAUGCUAUCAUCCAUCAUUCCAACGGGACCAUAAUUCGUCGGUCCAUAAAAGAUUUCGGCAGCAGGAUGGUUGCCGAAUCGAAGCACGAGAUCGUCCACCAUUUCAAGCCAAGCGAUCUCGACGAACUCGCCAGCGAAAUACUGGACAAGGCCAGCAAUUCGUUCCUCGAUUUGGCCUUGGAGAAGAGGUUGCGAACCAUCGAUGCCCGCUCGCUGAUCAGUGCUCUCGCCCGGGCCGAGCGCCUCGGCUACGAGGACAGCGACAUUCUGGAUGAUCAGAGUCCGCGGGGCGCUGCCGUGCCUCCAGUCCACGCGUCCCCUAUUGUGACUUGGACUCCCGUGAAGCUUGCGUCGAAUACUCAGCUUGGGCAAGGCGAUUCUGCCGGAAACCCUUCUCGCAGAUCAUCUACCAAGGUUUGGCAAUGUCCCCUGUGUGGGCGCAACUUCGACUCGGAGCCGCCGUACAAAUAUCACAUGGGGAAGCAAGUGUGCACCAAGGAGCCGCCGACCCAGCAAGGCUUUCUUUUCGCGUGUAAACCGUGCGGGGCAGGGUUCAUAACUAAGGCCGGUCAGCAAUACCAUCAAAUCAACCAAGUCUGCUUGCGUUUCGGCACCGGCAUGCCCAUAACGCUCACGGCACCCAUCGCAAUACCUUCGGAUUCCGACACCCCCGAGGUGGCCCCAUCUCCCCCCGCCGUCCACCCGAUUUCUUCCUCGUUCCAGGAGCACGAUCCUUACGCUCACCUGGAUCCUACAAAGUUGGAGCUCUUAAAUGAAGAGCUCCGCCAUGCUGAGAUAGUGUACGCUGCUCGGUUCAAGGACACAGAGAAGAUACUCGACCCGAACUUGCGGCGAGUGAAACUCGAGGGCCUCCAAAACAGCUUCAGCACGAAACAGAGCAACAUCCGGAGGAAGUAUGGAGUGAAGCUGAGGAAUAGACGGACGAGGGCCGAGAUCGCCGACGAACGGGGUCGCAUGGGUCUGAGAAAUAGCCACGGGGGCUUCGCGGAUGAUACGCCGAGCGCUAAACGUCAGCGAACCGACUACAACGCUUCCUUUUCGGGCUCCCAGGUCCUCCCGGUCGGCAACGACCCCGGCGGCCCCGAGCAGAGGAGCAACCAUAUCGCCGUCUCGGACAUGAACGCUGGCCUCGGCGGGUCGGUCGCGACGGCGGCGACAACCGAUCCCACGCAGUCGCAGUCGCAGGCGACCACCGAGAACAACCUCUCGUCGUACCAGAGGAAGGGCUACCGCAUCUCGUCGCACCAAACGCAGAUGCCCUCGAGCCACAACUCACCGACGACGGACGUCAAGAUGGAAGACGGCCCAGAUCCGACCCAGCUGCACCCGCAGACCGGCUCGGCUUCGGCGCCCGUGACCCUGGACGACUCCUCGUCGCCCGCCUCCUCCUCUGACGACACUGACUCGGACGAGGACAUCCCCGCGAGCUUGCCCCGUAAGACCAGUGGCACGCCGUUGAGGGGCCUAACCGGUUAAGGGCCUCGCCGCCGUAGACGUCGUCGAUUAUGCCCCAGAGUCCUUUUUUUUUAACGAAAUAGAAAAACGUAGGAAUGGCCAUAGGUGUCAGUUGGUUCGGAGUUAAUUGGCAACAUCCAUUGGCGAACGGCCGGGGAACAAGAGGGGAAUACCUAACAGAUCUCUCCAUCCCUCUUUUCCCCUCCUUUUUUUUUUGCUCUUUGACU